AUGGCGAAUUGCAAGCCAGUGAGCACCCCUGUUGAAUGUAGAGUUAAAUUAUCUAAACAAAGAGAUGGAGCAAAGAUCAACCCCACAUUUUUCAAGAGCUUUGUUGGAAGCUUCAAGUAUUUAACUUGUACAAAAUCAAAUAUUCUUUUUGAUGUUGGACUUGUAAGUCGUUUCAUGGAAGCUCUUACUACUUCUCAUUUCAAGGUAGCCAAAAGAAUACUUCAUUACAUUAAUGGUACACUUGACUUUGAUAUGUUCUAUACAUCUUCUCAAGACUUCAAGCUUGUUGGCAAUUGUGAUAGAGAUUGGGCUAGUGAUAUUGAUUAUUGUUUUAAUGCUUGA